UGGUGUAGUUCUUCUUCCCACCAGCAGGAGUCACUACAGUUCUUUCAUGCCAAGUUUUGUUUGUUAUUAGCUGUAGAGUUAGUAUGCAGCACACUUUGAGAAAAGACUGACUCAGCAUGUUGUUCUGAUAAACAUCUGCAUCCAUCCUCUUCGUUGUUUUACAGAAAGCAUCGCUUUUUCACUCUGUUGAUAAUUGAAGGCAGCGUCAAUAAAAGGGACGAUACACCUGUCAGUUGUCGAGGAGUUUAUCUAUCUGCAUAACUGUGUCCAGUGUAGCAGUGAGGGCAGAAUAGUGAAAAAGCGUCCUUCUACAAGACAACCUUUGGAUGUUACAUCAACUCAGCUACAUCAACCAUGUCUGAAGCAAGAGAAGAUAAAGCAUCAUCUGUCCGUUCAGAGAAAUCAUAUGCGUCAAAAGGUACAAGUAGGUCAUCUGCCAGUAUGGCCGCCCUAAACGCUCGAGCCAAGGCUGAAGCAGCACGCAAAAGAGCUGAAUAUGCUAAAAAGGAAAUAGAAAUGCAAGUUAAGAAAGCAGAGCUUAAAGUAGAAGAAACACGUCUAGAGGCCACAUUACAAGCCCUCCAACAAGAACGUGAUGCGGAAGCGGCACACGCUGAAGCAAUAGUUUUUGAAACAGCAGUCAACGAUCUUGAAGAAGAACAUGUGCGUGUACCUCAAAGGGUCGACACUUUGGAACGCACCUUUAACUAUGUGAAAGACCAGCUCAUCAUCAAAGACAGCACAAGCCCAAUUGGUCACACCAGGUAUAAUUCAAUGCCCGCGCCAAAUGUCACAUUCCUCACACCAAAACAAGAGCCAACCAGGUCGGACACCUUAAAGGAAUAUGUCCUUCAACCUCUGAGUACUGACAAAGGAGAAAACGUUUCCCAGUCUUCGAAAUUAAUGCAGAAAACGUCGCCAGGUACUUCACCGAGAUUUGAACAUAAGGUGAGCAUGCAACAAGGAAACAUUUCAGACGUAGCCAGGUUUCUUGCAAGACGUGACUUACUCACCGGUGGCCUCCGAAGGUUCAGUGACAAGGCAGGAGAUUACUGGGGAUGGAAAUCUUCGUUUGAGAACGCGAUUUGUGACUUAAACCUAACGGCCAGUGAGGAACUGGAUUUGCUGAUUAAAUGGCUCGGUGCAGAAUCAGUCCAAUAUGCAUAUCGUUUAAGAGCUGUUCAUAUUAACAAUCCCUCUGAAGGACUCGCUAAGGUGUGGGAAAGAUUAAAUGAGUGCUACGGCUCCCCCGAAGCUAUAGAGAACGCACUGCUCGACAGACUGGACCGUUUCCCAAAAAUCUCAUACAAAGAUCCACAACUGUUGAGAGAACUACAAGACCUGCUCCUAGAGAUAGAUGCCGCAAAGAGUGAAGGUUACAUUCCAGGUCUACUCUACCUCGAUACAGCGAGAGGCAUUAAUCCAGUGGUGGAAAAACUCCCCUUUGCUAUGCAAGAGAAAUGGAUGAACUAUGGUUCUAAAUACAAAGAGGACCAUUGUGUAUCAUUUCCGCCGUUCUCUGCAUUUGUGGCUUUCAUCAGUAGAGAAGCAAAGAUGCGGAACGACCCCAGCUUUAGGCAGUCUGUGCAGCCGCCUCCUGCCCUUUCAAAGACAAACAAACUUUACGAAAAACACGCUAAAAGAGAACCUAUCUCAGUCAUCAGAACCGAAGUUGUCAGUACGGAGCUGAAACCAACUCCUACAAACAUUGAGGACCCAAAUAAGGAAUGUCCUAUCCACAAAAAACCUCAUGCUCUCAAAAAAUGCAGAGCAUUCAGGGAAAUGCCACUGGAGGAGCGAAAGGCCUAUCUUAAGAAAAACAUGAUUUGCUUCAAAUGCUGCGCUUCUACAAACCACCAGGCAAAGACAUGUAAGUCAGAGAUACAUUGUACAGAAUGUGAUUCAAAAUUACACAUUACAGCUCUUCAUCCGGGACUGGCACCAACGACUACUGUGACAGCUACUAUUGCAGAGCCCGUGAAAGCUGACGGCGGGGAGUGCAAUGCUACACGCCUCACAGCUAUCUCAACAUGCACACAAGUCUGUGGAAGUGAAUUUGAAAGUCACUCAUGUGCCAAGAUCUGCCUUGUGUUCAUCUACCCAAAGAAUUCACCUGAAAAGAAGCUUAAGGCCUACGCCAUCCUAGAUGACCAAAGCAAUAGGUCACUUGCAAAAUCAUCGGUUUUUGACACAUUUGGAGUCACCAGGAACUCCUUUCCAUAUAAACUGAGAACCUGUGCCGGAUUGGAGGAAGUGACAGGGAGGAGAGCUUUCAACUUCAUUGUAGAAUCGGCAGACUGUACGUCACGUCUUGAGCUCCAGACACUUAUCGAGUGUGAUAUGCUACCCGACAAUCGCAGUGAGAUUCCCACAGCUGAAGCUGCUCGAAACCACACCCACCUUCAUGAAAUCGCAACCGAAAUUCCAGCUCUCGACCAGAGCGCUCAGAUCCUGCUGCUCAUUGGAAGGGACGUUAUUCAAGCACACAAAGUUCUCGACCAGCGCAAUGGCCCUCCAAAUGCGCCAUUUGCACAGAAGCUAGCUCUUGGAUGGGUGAUCAUUGGGAACGUUUGCCUGGGUGGAGCUCACAAACCCACGCGUGCUAACAUUUUCAAAACAAACAUCUUAGACAAUGGUCGUCCAAGUCACUUCCUUCCAUGCAAAAAUGCCAUUCAAGUAAAGGAAUGUUUCAACUCGCAAGGCUACAACAAGGUCAACUCUCCAAUGCGAACAAAGCACUCUUCGAUUGGAGAAACAGUUUUCAAACAAACGAGUUUGGACGAGAGCCUCGGCUACUCACAGGAAGAAAGAGCCUUUCUACAGGUAAUGGACAAGGAGGUCUACCAGGACAGUGCCAACAGCUGGGUUGCGCCACUACCUUUUCGUUCGCCCAGGCCACGCCUGCCGAACAAUAAGCGGCAAGCUAUGCAACGCCUUACGUCAGUACGCCACAUGCUGAACAAACGCCCUCAGGUGAAAGGUCAGUUUACAGACUUCAUGCAAACUUUGUUUGAUAACGGCCACGCUGAGAUAGCGCCACCACUCACUAAAGAAGAAGAGUGUUGGUACCUCCCCUUCUUCGGAGUGUAUCACCCACGCAAACCGGAACAAAUACGCAUUGUCUUCGAUUCAAGUGCGCAACACAAUGGAGUAUCCCUCAACGAUGUUCUUCUUACUGGGCCCAACCUCAACAAUAGCUUGUUGGGUGUGUUGAUGCGACUCCGUGAAGAAAAGGUGGCGGUCACAGCCGAUAUCAAACAAAUGUUCCAUUGCUUCGUGGUCAGGGAGGACCACCGGAACUUUUUGAGAUUCCUCUGGCACCAAAACAAUGACAUGGAUCAACCGAUUGUGGAAUACAGAAUGACCGUACAUGUCUUUGGCAACAGCCCGUCGCCCGCGGUUGCAACUUACGGACUCAGAAGGGCAUCAGAAGACCGAGACAAGCAAGACAUCACCACACAACAUCUGGUGGAGCGACAUUUUUACGUAGAUGAUUGUCUUGCCUCCUUCCAAUCAAGUACUGAUGCCAUUGCUGUUAUGCAAAACGCUCAAGACACUCUGGCUUCAUCUAAUCUGAGGCUACACAAGAUUGCAUCCAAUGACGUGAACGUAAUGAAGGCAUUCCACAAAGACGAUCUAGCCAAGGGUCUAAAAGACCUCGACCUAGGAGCCGACAUCCCACCCAUGCAAAGAAGCCUCGGAAUAAGCUGGGACAUUGCAACAGACAAAUUCACGUUUCAAGUGUCCACUGCUGAGAAGCCCUAUACCCGCAGAGGGGUACUUUCAGUUGUCAACAGUCUGUUUGACCCUCUUGGGUUUGCAGCUCCGGUUAGCAUCAAAGGCAGAAAAAGUUGCUCCAAGAGUGGAGCGCAUGGAAAGAGUCCCUGA